CCACAGCCAAAAAUAUUGCCAGGCCCUCGUCCCAGCCAAAAUAUUGCCAAUCCCUCGUCCCUGCCACCCAAAAUCCUCCUCUCUUUAUCUUUCUCUCGAACCCUUGGUGCCUAAUUCGGUCGGCCUGCGACGGAACCGUGAACGAUGGUGGUGGCGUCAGGGAGCAACUCCAACUCCUGGGCCAAAGAGAUAUCCAUCCGAAGGAGGAUCGCCAACAUAUAUAACAAACGAGAAGAGGACUUUCCAUCACUCAGAGAGUACAAUGAUUAUUUGGAAGAAGUUGAAGAUAUGACUUACAACUUAGUUGAGGGAAUAGAUGUUGCUGCAAUUGAAGCCAAGAUUGCAAAAUACCAAGAAGAAAACGCUGAACAAAUAAUCAAUGCCCAAGCUCGUAAGGCUGAAGAAUUAGCAGCAGCUCUAAGAGCAAACAAAGGGAAUUCUGUACAGGCUGAUCCCACUGAUGUGGGUGCUGGACCAAGCUCUCAAGGGGUUGGCAUGCAAGGGCAAUAUGCCCCAGCCGCUGUCCCUGGCGGUGGUCUUGCACAGCCGCGCCCCACUGGAAUGGCUCCA